AUGGCUGCGCCCAACGGCGCUUCGGCUUGCGGGGCGCCAUUUUGGGAAGAGUGUCCAUUCCGUACACUGGGGAAAUAGGCCUCCUGCCGGUUUUCAUACAGGGAACACAUGGCUCCCUGGGAUUGGCUAGACACAUGGAGGCAGCUUGUCUCUAGGGCGUAGGGGGCUGCCCCUGGAUCUUGAAGACUACUGGCAGCGAUUCCGAGAGGGGAGAAGAGAUGUGGCUCGGCCUAGGCUGUGUUCUAACAGAAAAUCCGAGGGCUGGCAGCCAUCUUGUCCAAGCGAAUCUGGCUCCGGACUACAUUUCCCAGAGGCCCCGGCGGAUUUAGGGCCGCCCCUUCACUCGCCUGCAGGACCCUCGGCCUCCAGGGAAGGGGGAGUGCAAGGCCUGCCUUCUCAGAACACUAUCCUUUUUCAGGAGAACAGCCCCAAGGAGGACUGAUCAUCUACAGUAUUGAAAGCCAUGGCCCAGGGACCAGUGGUGUUCAGUGAUGUGUCUGUAGACUUCUCUCAGGAGGAGUGGGAAUGUCUGGACCCUGCUCAGAGGGACUUGUACAAGGAUGUCAUGUUGGAGAACUACAGCAACCUGGUGUCCAUGGGACUUUACAUUCCUAAGCCUCAAGUUAUCUCCUUAUUGGAACAAGGGAAAGAGCCCUGGAUGGUUGGCAGAGAGCUGACGAGAGGCCUGUGUUCAGAUCUGGAAUCAAUGUGUGAAACCAAGUUACUGUCGCUUAAGAAGGAAGUUUAUGAACUAGAAUCAUGCCAGAGGGAGAUAAUGAGACUUACCAAGCAUGGCCUUGAAUACGCCAACUUUAGAGAUGUUCUAGAAUAUAGAAGCCACUUUGAAAGACAACUGGGAUAUCAAAAUGGGCAUUUUGGCCAAGAGAUAUUCACUCAUGAAUACAUGCCUACAUUUAUUCAACAGACAUUCUUUACUCUACAUCAAAUAAUUAACAAUGAAGAGAAACCCUAUGAAUGUAAGAAAUGUGGAAAGGUCUUUAGUCAGAAUUCACAGUUUCUUCAACAUCAGAGAAUUCAUAUUGGCGAAAAAUCUUACGAAUGUAAGGAGUGUGGGAAAUUUUUUAGCUGUGGCUCACAUGUUACUCGACAUCUGAAAAUUCAUACUGGUGAAAAACCCUUUGAAUGUAAAGAAUGUGGAAAGGCCUUCAGUUGUAGCUCAUACCUUUCUCAACAUCAAAGAAUUCAUACUGGUAAGAAACCCUAUGAAUGUAAGGAAUGCGGAAAGGCCUUUAGUUAUUGCUCAAAUCUUAUUGACCAUCAGAGAAUUCACACUGGGGAAAAGCCUUAUGAAUGUAAAGUAUGUGGGAAAGCCUUUACUAAGAGCUCACAACUUUUUCAACAUGUGAGAAUUCAUACCGGUGAGAAACCCUAUGAAUGUAAGGAAUGUGGGAAAGCUUUCACUCAGAGCUCAAAGCUUGUUCAGCAUCAGAGAAUUCACACAGGUGAGAAACCCUAUGAGUGCAAAGAAUGUGGCAAAGCCUUUAGCAGUGGCUCAGCACUUACUAAUCAUCAGAGAAUUCACACCGGGGAGAAACCCUAUGAUUGUAAGGAAUGUGGGAAGGCCUUCACUCAGAGCUCACAGCUCCGUCAGCAUCAGAGAAUUCAUGCUGGUGAGAAACCUUUUGAAUGUCUUGAAUGUGGGAAGGCCUUUACUCAGAACUCACAACUUUUUCAACAUCAGAGAAUCCAUACAGAUGAAAAGCCAUAUGAAUGUAAUGAAUGUGGAAAGGCCUUUAAUAAAUGCUCAAACCUUACUCGACAUCUCAGAAUUCAUACUGGUGAAAAACCCUAUAACUGUAAGGAAUGUGGGAAGGCCUUUAGUAGUGGCUCAGACCUCAUUCGUCAUCAGGGAAUUCAUACUGAUGAAUAUUUCCAGCCUUGGCAGAGCAGCUCAGGCUCUUCAUCCCUACACAUCCCCACACAAGCAGUCAGUGGCUCCUUCUCCCAGGCAGCCACCGCCUUCAUCACAGUGGAGCAGAAGGUGCGAGUGUCAGGGCUGUUGCGUUGUGCGCAGCACCCCCUGGAGGAUGGCCCUGUCAAGAUGACACCGCCCCGCCGGACUGUGUCACAGCCUCAGAGCAGGAUCCCUUGCGGCACAGAGGGACUUGAGCAGGCCAAGGGCGGUCUACGCACACGCGCAGUGCUCAGUGCUCAGAUCACGCCGCGUGAGCAUCACCUGGGUAACGUACUCGGACAGGUUGGAAAAGUCCCUAGGUGUAUUGCCCCACGUUUCUCAAGAAGAAUCCUGACCUUCAGCCUUGGCUUCCCCAAGACUUAUCACCACGGCUUGAAGUUAUUCGGGCCUGAAGCAGAUCCUGGCAACAACCACGAAGCCCCUCCUGGAUGGAUGAUGGUUAUAGCCGGCAGCAGAUCAAAUACCUGCCGCUGGUGGAUCCCAGGUUGGCAGCAUGGAGCCCCUGCCGCUCUGUACUCCUUUCCACGCCCGGGCAUCGGCUGCUGGGCCUUCUGGGUCCGCCGCGCGGUUGGGCCUCGUUGGUUCCGUGAAACAGCGGCUCGUGAAGGCCCCGUGGCGGCCAGCAUGCCCAAGACUCCCAGGCCUGUGGAGGUGAGUCCUCCAGUUUUACUGGCCGAAGGCGGCGGAAGUAGCCAGGGGUCCCCGGAUCGUGCGAAAGGGGAACGGGGAUCGUGCGAAAGGGGAACGGGGAAAACCGAAGGUCUGGGGGAUCGCGGAAAACCGAAGGUCUGGGGGAUCGCGAGGUCUAAGGGGCGACGCAGGGGACAUCUUGGUUUUAUUGAAGUGAGGGUGGAUGGCUGCGACUGUGUGUCUCCAGGCAUCCUUGGAUGCUCAGUGAGUCAGGUUCACUUUUCACUGCUUCUUUCUUCUUCCCCAGCACUGCCUUCUGAGGGCUCUGCCCUUCUUCAGGAAGAGGAGGAAAUGCCCAAAUUACAGGAGCUGGUGACAUUCAAGGAUGUGACUGUGGACUUUACCCAGGAAGAGUGGGAGCAUCUGGACCCCUCUCAGAGGCACCUGUACAGUGAAGUGAUGUUAGAGAACUAUGAGAAUCUCAUCUCCGUGGGACAUCUGCUGUCCAAACCAGAAAUGAUUUCCCAUUUUGAACAAGAUGAUGUGUGGUUGGAGUUAAAAAUACCAAGAAGCUCCUAUUCAGGAGUCAGGGAUGAGAAUGAUGGGAUUCUCUCUUGGCGAGUAUCUCCAGAAGAAAAACCCUGUAGCUGUCCCCAGAGUGGCCAAGACUUCAGCCGGCCCAGAAAGCUUGUAAUUCACCAGCAAAUGCAGAAGGGAAAGAAGCUCUCGCCAUGUGACGGGUGUGGAGGAGCCUUCAGUGAAAGGACAACAGACCUUAACCUUCCUGUGCCCCUCCCAUGGGAAAAGCUCCACCACUGUGUGGAGUGGUCCAGAGUCUUCAACUCAGGAUCUGCUCUGAGAAGGCACAAGAAGGACCACAUGGGAAAGAAAGCUCACACGUGUGAGGAAUGUGGGAAGGACUUCAGCCGCAGCUCUAACCUCUCCAUCCACCGGCAGGUACACACGGGUGAGAAGCCCUACAGCUGUGGUGUGUGCGGGAGGGACUUCAGCUGCAGCUCCAACCUCUCUAUCCACCAGCGCAUCCACACAGGGGAGAAACCCUUCAGGUGCCGUGACUGUGGCAAAGACUUCAGCCGCAGGGCAGCCCUGCAGAUCCACCAGAGGGUCCACACGGGAGAGCGACCCUACUUGUGUGCUGUUUGUGGGAGGAACUUCAGACAUUGCUCGGCCCUCAAGAGGCACCAGAGGGUGCACACAGGGGAGAAGCCCUGUCUCUGUGCUGUGUGGGAAGGGCUUCAGUCAGAGAGUCCACCUGCAGACGCACCAGAAAAUGCACUGUAGGGAGAUGCGUCCAGGAUUGCGCUCCGCGCAUGCAGGUGCCUUCCAGAGCUGAGGGGAAUGCCAGGGCGUGGGAGCAGAGGUGCAUGGCAUGGAUCAGGCUUAAUGGUCCAUGGUGCUUUUUAGUGUGUACCCAGAAAGGAACAGAGAUUACGUGUGCCAGUUGAUAAAUUUUCACAUAGUGAACACUCCUGUGUCCAGCACUUGGCUGGAGAAAUGGAACAUUCCCAGCCCUCCCAGAAGACCCCUACUAGUUGCCUCUUUCCAUUCACGACCCCACAGAGGGAAUCACCGUCCUGACUUGUAAAACCACAGAUUAGUUUUGCAAGUUCUAGAAUAUCAUAUAAGUGGAAUUACAUAGUAUAUAAUCUUUCGUGUAGGAAGAUUUAUUCACUUAACAUCUGCAAGAAUCAUUCAUGUCGUUGCACGUAUUUAGAAGUUUAAUUUUAUUAUGUAGUAGUGUUCCACUGUAUGAAUGAACCACAGUUUGUCCAUUCAUCUGUUGAUGCACAUUUACAUUUGGGUUAUUUCCAGGUUUUGGUUGUUGUAAAUAAAGUUGCUGUGAAUAUUUGGUACACAUCUUUGUGUACCAAAUAUUCUUUAGUUUCUCUUGGGUAUAUACUUAGGAGUAGAGUUGAUGAGUAUACCAAAACUUUUAAAAACAGCUUAUUAAAAUCCAAAAAUACAUGAUUAAUUUUCACUACAUAUCAAUAUAUAUUAUGUCAUCAAUAGUAAUACUUUGUACAUUGGAUUUUUACUUAUACUUGGAAAUUUUCAAACAAACGUAGACAUGGAACAGUAUAUCAAACACUCAUAUCCCCAUCACCUAGCUUCAAUAAUAAAUUCAUGAUAAAUUCUGUUUUCCCUGUUCCGCCUUCCCUCACACACAAUUCUGAAGGAAGUUAAAGCAAAUCAUAGACUAGGAUAUUGUGCCAUCUGUAAAUACUUUAGUGUAGAUCUUAAAAAAAAGAUAUUAAAAAUUUUCUUUCAUAGAAUCACUCUUUUG